AUGGGGGCUUUCAUUUUUCUUCCCUUCAUGUUGCUGGCCAUGUUCUCAGUAUCUUCAAUGCAGAUUUCGAAAAAAAGUGUUUUCAAACUAGAAGAGAAUCCAGAGCCUGCACUUAUUCUCGAGAAAAAAAAUGAAGCUAACAACCUAGGAGAACAAAAGGAAACUCAAAAGCAAGGAGGUAGUUAUACACAAAGAAAAGCAGGGACUUUUAGUCUUCAAGGACAACAAUGGUACUCUAACCAGCCAUGGAAAACAAGAAAUUUUAGUCAACAAGGGAGGCCAGGAGUUUUGAAACAGACUGAGAUGUCAGGAGUUUCGAUUUUGCCAGGGAAUUCAGGGGAAUCUAACCAAAAAGGGAAUCCAGAAUCUUCUGAUAAGCAAGGAGAAUUAGGAUCUUCUAGCCAACUAGGAAAACCAGGGUCUUCUAGCCAGCAAAGGAAACCAGGGUCUUCUAGCCAGCAAGGGAAACCAGCGUCUUCUAGCCAGCAAGGGAAGCCAGGGCCUUCUAACCAGCAAGGGAAGCCAGGGUCUUCUAGCCAGCAAGGGAAACCAGCGUCUUCUAGCCAGCAAGGGAAGCCAGGGUCUUCUAACCAGCAAGGGAAGCCAGGGUCUUCUAGCCAGCAAUGGAAUCCAGGGUCUUUUAGCCAACAAGGGAAACCAGGGUCUUCUAGCCAGCAAGGGAAACAAGCGUCUUGUAGCCAGCAAGGGAAAUCAGGGUCAUCUAGCCAACAAGGGAAACCAGUGUCUUCUUGUCAGCAAGGGAAACCAGGGUCUUCUAGCCAGCCAGGAAAUCUAGUGUCUUCUAGCCAGCAAGGGAAUUUAGGAUCUUCAGGCCAUCAAGAGAAGCCAGGGUCUUCUAGCCAGCAAGGGAAUUUAGAGUCUUCUAGCCAGCAAGGAAAACCAGGGUCUUCUAACCAGCAAGGAAAGCCAGGGUCAUCUAGCCAACAAAGGAAACCAAGAUCCUUUCACAGUCAAGAAGAAAGAAAAAAUGUAGACAACACUUUGAAUGGCAAUCUAAUGGAGACUCAGACUGGCAAUACCAGCGGCAAGAGCCCAACUAAAAAAAUAAAAUGUCCAUCUAUCUACAAACCAGUCUGUGGUUCUGAUGGAAAAACCUAUGGUAAUCGCUGUGUACUUAAUGAAACAAAGAGGUUGAAUAAUGAAAAAUUAAGUCUGAACCAUGAUGGAAAGUGCUAA